UCCACCUUUCGGAGAUCCAGGCGCUCCCAGCAACCUUCCUGGCCUGUACAGGGCGGAUCUGCAGCUGCCGGGCGGCGUACCGGGGCAACGCCGGGCCUGGGCGGAAACCCGGAGGCGCGGCCGGCAUGGAGACUCUGCUGCUGAGCGCUGGGUUGCUGCUGGGCGCCUACGUGCUUAUCUACUACAACCUGGUGAAGGCCCCGCGGUGCGGCGGCAUCUUGAGCCUGCGGGGCCGAACGGCCGUGGUCACGGGAGCCAACAGCGGCAUCGGGAAGAUGACGGCGCUGGAACUAGCACGCCGCGGAGCGCGUGUGGUGCUGGCCUGCAGGAGCCGGGAGCGCGGUGAGGCAGCUGCCUUUGACCUCCGCCAGGAGAGUGGAAACAAUGAGGUCAUCUUCAUGGCCUUGGACUUGGCCAGUCUGGCCUCCGUGCGGGCCUUUGCUACUGCUUUCCUGAGCUCUGAGCCACGGCUGGACAUCCUCAUCCACAAUGCCGGGAUCAGUUCCUGUGGCCGGACCCGUGAACCCUUUAACCUGCUGCUACGAGUGAACCACAUUGGCCCCUUCCUGCUGACACAUCUGCUGCUACCCCGGUUGAAGACAUGUGCCCCUAGCCGUGUGGUGGUGGUAUCCUCAGCUGCCCACCGGCGAGGGCGCCUCGACUUCACACACCUGGACCGCCCUGUGGUGGGCUGGCGGCAGGAGCUGCGGGCAUAUGCCGAUAGUAAGCUGGCCAAUGUAUUGUUUGCCCGGGAGCUCGCCACUCAGCUUGAGGGCACUGGCGUCACCUGCUAUGCUGCUCACCCAGGGCCCGUGAACUCAGAGUUGUUCCUGCGCCACAUUCCUGGAUGGCUGUGCCCACUUUUGCGCCCACUGGCUUGGCUGGUGCUCCGGGCACCAGGAGGGGGUGCCCAGACCCCUCUGUACUGUGCUCUGCAGGAGGGCAUUGAGCCCCUCAGUGGGAGAUACUUUGCCAACUGCCAUGUGGAAGAGGUGCUUCCAGCUGCCAGAGACGACCGGGCAGCUCACCGGCUGUGGGAGGCCAGCAAAAGGCUGGCAGGGUUUGGGCCAAGGGAGGAUGCUGAAUCCGAUGAAAACUCCCAGCCUGAAGACCCAGGGACACCACCGAGCAGUCCCCACCCUGAGGAGCCUACAGUUUCCGAACCCUACCCUAGCCCUCAGAGCUCACCAGACUUGUCUAAGGUCACACACUGAACUUGGUUUAAAGCUGAACCUGAGCCCCAGGUUUCCUCACCCCCAGGCUGGGAUGCUUUCUUUGGCACUUGGUGGCCCUUAAAAAUUUUAGCUGUGUGCCAGUCCAUGGCCAUUGAGGAGUGUACAAUUUUUACCUCUGCAGUUAUUUUCUGAGGUUUCAAGGUAUGACUGGGACAGCUUUUUUCCCAGUGGAAGGAAAUAAUGGGUGAUUAUUUCUUGCUGAGAAUGACAGUAAGCCAAGUUUGAGGGUCUGUGUGUGUGUGUGUGUAACAUGCCACUCUUCAUAUUUCCAGGCCCCACCCUCAGUGAUGCUGAUCAACUCUGGAUGAAGGCCUGGGAGUUGGUAAUUUGAUGUACUGCUAACACUGAGAAUCACUAAACUGGGUCCUUUGCAACCAUGUAGUUAGGUAGUUAAAUUAUCCCUGUUCUACAGAAACAGGGUUAGGCAGCAGUGAGGGACUCACCCAAGGUCUCAAAGCGAAGAUGUGGACCCCCACAGUCCGGCUCCUGGGCCGGCUGCUGAAAGAUGGGUGCUGGGAGGUGAGGCAGGGUAGGGCGGUUGUUAUCGAGGCGACCCGUAGGAGCAGACGGAUGCCUUCCGCGGAGCUUUAGGGCUGGGGCCCACGAUCCCGACCCGCGUGAAAUAAAGCGCGUCGACUGCGGA